AUGGAGCUGGUCGUCAGGGGACUCGACAAUGAUACCCGCGGGUGGAUCAUGACCUUCGUCAGUGGCAUAGCGUGCGUCUUCGGCGCAAGCAUCAUCUGCGUCGAUGUCCUCGUCCGCCUCCUGCCGGGCAAGAGAAACUUUCGCAUACAGGAAAGCAGCGCCUUUCUUGCCUGCUCGCUGAGCCUCAGCUUCGGCGUCAUGCUCUUCUCCUCACUCUUUAGCAUGCUUCCCGAGUCAAAAGGCUACCUCAAAGAUGCCGGUUGGGACGACCAAAGCGCCGGCCUCGUCAUGAUGGCUGGCUUUGUUGGAGGCUUCCUUGGCAUUCAGGCCGUGUCGCGGUUCCUCCACCAGUACAUGCCCUCGCACGUGGUCGACUGCGAUCACUCCCACGACGACGCCGCCACGGUCGAUAGCCAUUCGUGUAACCACGGCAGCCGCAGGCACUCCCGUGUCAGCCGUGCCAGGAGACGCAUGUCGCGACCCCGGUCCUCGCAUGGACCCACAAAGAAGGACUCGGCCGUGUCUGAGAACGGCUCCAUCCACGCCGUCGAAUCGACGCCUCUGCUUGGGUCGGACCGGUCCGCGCCCGAUGCCGGAUUGCCGAGACGACAUACCUCGGAUAGGCCAGAGGAGAUGUCUCAACGGCCAGUGAGCCCGCUGCUAGCUGCCCGCGGCCGAGCCACGACUGCCAUCGAUACCAGUGCGGCGCGCCGCCCGUCCGUCUUCGACGUGCCGAAGCGCGUCAUGUCCUUUGUCAAGGACACCAAGUGCAACUGCGAUGAACAAGGCUCCUGUUACGGCUAUACCGACCCUUGCGGUCAAGAGUGUUUCAAGCACUUGUCAACGCGCUCCGCGAACGGAUCGCGAUUCCUGACUAGGCUGCGUACAACUACCGGGUCGCUGUAUCACCCCGGAUCUAGCCUCCACGGCCACCACGACCAUGAUCAUGAUCAUCAUCACCACGGCCAUCACUCCGAUGCUUCAGAACCAGUGAGCCCGCGAUACCGCACCAGCCUACCACCUUCUUGCGAUGCUUUGGACCUUGCCGAACAGAUACCAGAGGAGGACGAUGACGAACGCUCUUGUUCCUCGAUGGAGGAGGGCGAUCCCGAGGCGCAGCACCACCAUCACGUUCCGGCCAACGCCUUCCUGUCUAUUGGUCUUCAGACGUCCAUCGCCAUCGCUCUUCACAAGUUUCCCGAGGGCUUCAUCACGUACGCGACCAAUCACGCUAAUCCCGCGCUCGGCUUUAAUGUCUUCAUGGCCCUCUUCGUCCACAACAUCACCGAGGGCUUCGCCAUGGCUCUGCCCCUCUUUAUGGCCCUCGGCUCCCGUUGGCGCGCCAUGGUAUGGAGUGCUCUUCUCGGAGGUCUGUCGCAGCCGUUUGGUGCUGGCGUUGCCGCGUUGUGGUUCAAGCUCGCCAAGCGAAACAACAUGUCUCCCAACUCUGUAGCCUACGCAUGCCUCUUUGCCGUCACCUCGGGCAUCAUGGUCAGCGUUGCGCUGCAGUUAUUCGUGGAAAGCUUGAGCCUCAACCACAACCGUAACCUAUGCAUUUUCUUUGGCUUUCUGGGAAUGGCGCUUCUGGGGCUGAGCAACGCGCUCUUCGCAUCUCACUGA